AUGGACCUGGGAUCUUUCCGUACGUGGGGUUGUGCUUGUCGCAGCGAAGCUCUGAGGAAGAGGAACUGUGUGGCGAAGGCUGCCGGGGACGGGGGUGUGGAUGGUGGCCUGGAGGAGAUGGUGGAGGAGCUUAACAGCGGGAAGGUGAUGUAUGCCUUCUGUAGGGUGAAGGAUCCCAACUCCGGCCUGCCCAAAUACGUCCUUGUCAACUGGACUGGCGAAGGCGUGAAUGACGUGAGGAAAGGAGCCUGUGCCAACCACGUCAGCACCGUAGCAAACUUCCUAAAGGGGGCUCACGUCACCAUCAACGCUCGUGCAGAGGAGGACGUGGAGCCUGAACUCAUCAUGGAGAAGGUUGCCAAGGCCUCUGGGGCCAACUACAACUUCCACAAGGAGAGCAGCAAGUUCCAGGACUCGGGCCCUCAAGCUCCUGUGGGCUCUGUCUACCAGAAGACGAAUGCAAUGUCCGAAAUCAAGAGAGUCAAUAAAGAUAAUUUCUGGGCCAAAGCUGAGAAAGAUGAAGAAAACCGACGGCUGGAGGAGAAGAGGAGAGCAGAGGAGGAGCGGCAGCAGCUAGAGAGAGAGCGUCGGGAGCGGGAGCUGCAGGAAGCAGCAGGGCGAGAACAGAGAUAUAAAGCGAGAUCCAACGAAAUCGAAGCCCAGAAGAGACUCCAGCAGCAGCAGGAGGCAGAGAACAGGGACAAGGAGCAGCAGCAGUGGAAGGAGCAAGCCGAGGAGUAUGAGGCCAGGCAGCGGAAGGGCUUCAAGAGAAGCGAAUCGGUGGAGAAAGCCCAGGAGGCUGCGUCGCUGAUAGCGCAGAGGGCGGUGAACCCCCGGGACAUCUUCAAGCAGAGGGAGAAGUCGGUGCCAGUGGACGCGGUGACAGCUGCUCAGCCGGGCAAGCUUCGCAGCCCUUUCCUGCAGAAGGAGGUGAACUCUGUGCCGAGUCCUGUCUCUCCCGCCCGGGAUGCUUCCUCAGCCUCCUUCGCCCCCCCCUCUGCCUGGGGGACGCCUCCAGCCUCCCCAGCGCCCGCAGCAGGGCGAGACGCUGGGUACAACUCAAGUGUCCCGGCUUCCCACGCAGAAGAGGCAAAUCUGUACGAGGAGCCGCCGGACCCCUCGGCCAUCUAUGAAGAACCCCCUCAGGAACAAAUUGACGGUGCCAAAUACGACUACCCGGUUGAGUACCAGCAGCCACCGGACCUGGCGGGCAAGGGGCUGUGUGCCCGGGCGCUCUACGACUACCAGGCUGCUGAUGACACCGAGAUCUCGUUUGAUCCAGAGAACAUCAUCACCAACAUCGAGAUGAUCGACGAAGGCUGGUGGCGCGGCUACGGCCCCGACGGCCACUUCGGCAUGUUCCCUGCCAACUACGUGGAACUGAUAGAGUAA